AUGAGCACUGCUAGCAACGUACAAAACAAGCAAGACGACAACAAGAUCCAAGUCUCAGCCACUAAACAAUCACUCUCUUUCUAUGUUUAUUUGGCAAAGAAAUUCUUGAAGAACAACAAUGAGAUUGAGCUUAGUGGCUUGGGAGGAGCAAUCAACACUGUUGUUUCAUGUGCCGAGAUCUUGAAGAAUCAAAAGCUCGCUACUAUUUCCAAGAUUCAAACUUCUACUGUUCCUGUUUCCGGAAAGAACGACCAGUCUUUCCAAAAGGCUAAAAUUCAAAUCUACUUGAAGAAGACUGCUGAGUUUAAUUCUAUCAUAGCCAAGCAAGAAGAGGAACAAGAAGAGAGAAAGAAGCAGAAGGAACAGAAGUAA